AUGCUAGUUAAGGAGGAUGGAAAGAUUAUUAGCGACUCUUCUUCAGAUUCUGCCCCACCUAGUGAUGAAGAGGAGUAUGAAGAGGAAACUAUACCGGAAGGAGAUUUGUUUAUGGUGAGAAGGAUGUUGGGCAGUCAAGCAAUAGACGGUGAUGAGAGCCAAAGGGAGAACAUUUUCCAUACUAGAUGCCUCAUCCAAGGAAAGGUUGAUCAAGAGAAGGUGAAAGCUAUUCAAGAGUGGCCAACUCCUAAGAAUGUAAGUGAGGUAAGGAGCUUUCAUGGCUUAGCCAGUUUCUAUAGGAGGUUUGUCAAAGAUUUUAGUACAAUGGCUGCACCCUUGAAUGAAGUGAUUAAAAGGCAUGUGGGUUUUACAUGGGGCAAAAAACAAUAG